GUUUAGACCAAUAGACCUGAGCAUGCUUGAAAACUGCCGGCUGACGCAGCGGGUUGCCUUUGGAACGAGGAACCAUGGUGAUUCCAGGGCUCCUGCGCGGGCUCCGCGUGUCCUUCUCGGACUCGCUUCCCGGGCUUUUGCAGGAGUUGGAUGACCAUGCCAAGCACCUGCGCUUCAUCGAUGACAGGCUGACCACCACCCAGGCGCUGGUGCCUAAGGCGCUGGGCAAGAUGAAGUGCGAGGUCCCGGGCCAUGAGAAAGACGUGAAGGCGGCCCUGGACCAGCUGUUGGAAGACGCCAACGUGAUCGAGGAGCAGGUCAUAACGAUCAAAGAUCGGCUGCACGACUCCAUCAACGAGGCGAUGGGCUUCAAUGACCUCAUGAACAGGCAGUUCGAGUACAAGGGCAACCGCCUGCCGGCGGAGAUGUCCGAGUUCUCGGGAACGGUGGUGAGCAAUCUCAACCGCGCCCAAGACAUGGCAAAGAAAGACAUGAUCAGCGGCGCGAAAGACCUCGUGAGAUUGGCCAACGAGGUGCGGACCCAGAUCUUGGCCGGCUCCAUGGCAGGAGCGCUGCCGGCCGCUUGGCUCUUCCCGCCAACCAGCCGUCCGCGAGCGGCCAGGGACUUCCUGUGACGCGGACAGAAAACGGCGGGCCCGAG